CUCCGCGCCGGGGUGCGCUGGGAGGUGGGACCGCGCCGGGCUCAGCGUGAUUUACGGCUCUGCUGAAAACGACUUUCCCCGCAGCAUCAGCCCCGGCCGCGGCGGCAGCAACAAGUCUGGAAUCUGAGAGUAAUGCAACAGAACACUUUUGAAGAAAGCAGAUAUUCCUGGCCAGAAUCUUUUGAAAAUGUCAGUAUCUGCAUGCCAUUUCGUUGCCCACGGUGUGGUGACCACACCAGAUUCAGAAGCCUGUCUUCUCUGAGGGCACAUUUGGAGUAUAAUCAUAGUUAUGAGGACAGAAGUCUUUUGACAAAAUGCAACCUACCUUCCUCCCUCAAAGAUGCAGAUUUGCUUUCUUCCUCAGAGGCCUCAACUCAAGGAAAACUGGGGAAAGCCAGCAAUGCAGUAAAACAAAACCCAGCCUACAUAAAUUUUUGUGAUAUAUCACAUGAGAACACAAAAAAUAGAAAAUCGCUGGAGGUGGAAGCUGAAAGGCCUGUCUCUUUUGUCGCAAAUUACAUACCAGCAAACUCCCCUGAUGAGCAAAUUUCUAAACCUGGGAUUCCCACACCAGACUCAAAAGCACCUUUUGAGGCACAUGUAAGAGAAAAGUUUAAUAUGAUGGUGGAAGCUGUAGAUAAAACAAUAGAGAAGAGAAUUGACAGGCUUAGCAAAGAGUUGGCCCAAAAAACUGCUGAACUGCUGGAAGUUCGGGCAGCUUUUGUGCAGCUCUCUCAGAAGAAACAGGAAGUUCAAAGGCGAGAGAGGGCCUUGAACAGACAGGUAGAUGUUGCAGUUGAGAUGAUUGCAGUGCUGAAACAACGUCUCUCAGAGUCUGAGGAAGAACUUCACAGGAAAGAAGAAGAAGUUGUUACCUUUAACCACUUCCUAGAAGAAGCAGCUGAGAAAGAGUUCCGUGGAAAAGCCAGACUCCAGCACUUCAUUGAGAAUCUCUUGCAGCGUGUUGAUUUGGCAGAAAGACAAUUAGAAUACUAUCAAAAUCAGCAGAUUAUAUGCAACUACAGUAAUGUCAAUGAACAUGUGCAUACAGACUUCUCAUUAAAUAGGAAACCCAGAUGCCUAAGCCGAGGAAGUCAGCACACUUCAUAUAAUGUCCCUGAAACAAAGCCUCAUUCCCUUCAAAAAGGUAGAAUGGUCCUGAAGAAAGCCAAGGAUGACAGGAACAGUAUCCAGCCCAUUAAAAUUGUGUAUGAAGCUGGUGAUGGUUCAAGAGAAUUAUGGAGGCCUCAGAGAAAAGGCGAACCAGUGAGUGCUGCUAGAAAAGUGAAUGCAAAAUCCAAGAUGGGCAAAAAAAGCAAACAGCUAUAGUAAGAGUUAAUAUUAUGUAAUGCCGUAGGAGUUAGGCUUCAACAAAACAGAUAUUGAAUAAAGUCUGUUAGAUGAGCCUUGUACUUUUUCAUAUUCACUUAGUCAUCGCACAUUAAUUGCAUAUAUAUAAUAUAUAAAGAAUGAAAUAUUUAUUUAGUAACUUCAGUUUUGGCUCAGUAAGAGAAGUAACAUUUAUUUAUUUCAGUUAACAUUUGUUUUUCCUAUUUAUGUAUUUAUUUAUUGCAAGAGUCUAUUUAAAAUGACUAUAGUACCUUGCUGUACACUACUAUGGAUGUAUGUUUUAUAACCAGAGAUUUUAGUGGCAGCAUGUGGCUUAAUAAUCUAUUUUUCUAUUUUAUGUUUUUGCUUAAGUUUGGAAGAAUCCACUUAAUCGGCACGCUAAUAUUCAGUCUUAAUUAGAGUGAUUGCCAGGGAACCUGUUCAAUGACUAAAUACUAUGUAUAUACAAACAUAGGUGUGAAAAGUCUACAUUAGUGCUGUCCUCAAGGUUGUUCAGAGCAGUAGGCUGGCAUUUGCAAUCCUGAAUUUUCUGUUGUACAACCUUGUUGGGAAUAUUUCAUGGUAGUCCCAUUUUUUAUUUUAUCAGCUAAACAAAUUGGUCUUCUGAGGGCAAAACUCUCUGCUCAUAUUACUUGAUGCAGUUUCACUGGCUUCAAUACUGCUUUGAAAUGCUCUUCUCUUUAUAUUUUUCAGUACUGUUAUAACAGCUCUUGCCAUAACAGUUCAGCAGGAAUAGAACCUGGGAUCUAAUACCUAAAACCAUAAGCUGCUGGGUAGCAUUAAUAGAUUCUUUACCUCUGUGGACCAGCAACUUUAGGGGGAGAUAAUUUACCCUACAUGCCAGCAACUUGAGCAGAAGAUGUUCCACUAUAUGCCAGCAUGUUCAAAUCCUGUGCUUGUUUUUAGACAACUGCCAGCACAGUGUCUGGAAUAAGUCUGUCUUAACUGGGGUGAUAAUUCAGGCUCCAGUCCUUCAUAGUUUCAUAUAUAAUGAAUAAUGUUUAAAAGUGGUAACUGUCCUAUGGAUUUCAAGUGAACAUAUGUGUGCAGCUAGAAAAGGCUGUGGGACUGGGACUUCAUGGAAUGUCUGUUUCCUUUGGUUUGUGUCAGUUAAAAUGGGUUCCAAUUUGUCAUGUUUGUCAGACUGAAUUUUCUGUGUUACUCAGACUACGUAUAUUUUUAGUAACGUUAAUCUUUACAUCAUGUUUAGAAAUAUUAACAUCCUGUUGAUAUAAUUGACAAAAAUAGUUUUCUCAAGAAAAAGGAGGAAUAGAUGAGUCAAGUCUGUGUAAUUUAUUUUUCAAAUAUUCAUAAAAAAUGUAAAUUGUGCUUGUGGAAGGUGGUUUUUACAGUAUGUGUAUAAAGACUUUGUGGGAAAUGUUUCUUGUUUUUAUAAUUAUGACUAUAAUCUGAAUUAAGUGAUUAUUUAAAAGAAAAUAUAACAAUGUCACUAUUUCUUGCAAUAAGCACUGGAUUUGCAGUAUAUUUAAAAUAAAAAGUGACCAAUAAGCAUAUAAACAGGUAACAACAAAUGUCAUACAUCCCAGAAGGCAUCAUAAUGAAGAAUGAAAAUAUGAAGUCCUUGCUUUUAUUCUAAAUGUUGUAUAAGAAAUAAUCUUAUGUUUAGUUAAACAUUCACAACACUGCUUCAACUGAAAUUAACAGUUUAAAAACAAUUCAGGUAUUUAAUUUUUAAUGAAGUUAAAGUUUGUUUUGACAUUUCAUUGUUGGAUUGGACAGUAUGUCAUGAUAGACUGGUAGAAAGGAUUUGUUAAUUGUAUUGAAUAUUCUUUUUGUCAGUUAAUAUAGGAUAAGAACUUAUUUUGCAAUCCAGAUGGCAUAAAUGUAUUUUAAUCUUCCUAUUGCUUCCCACAAUUGGCUUUUUUAACAUAAAUGAAAAAAAAUACAGGUAAUACAGAGUGAUCUUUAAAAACAACUUAAGUAAUACAUUAACUUAUUUCUUUAAGUCAGAAGUGAAGUAACCUUUAUAUUUUCAAAUAUAUUGCCUACUCUUUUUGAUAAGGAGUUAAGUGUAACUAUUCAGACUUCAUGAAUAAGAUGCUUACUCUCUAUUUUAUUUUAGUCAUCUCAAAGUGAUCGUUUAAAUAAUCUGUAUUUCUUUUUUAAUGGAAUGGUCUCUAUCCUCCCAUAUCCUAAGUUAUUGAAGUUAUUUGCUGCAAGAAUGUCAAGUUCAUCAGUUACAAAGCAGUUGGAAUGUACUGUUAUCCCAGAAAAACAUUUUACAAAUAUAAAAACUAAUAAUAAAGAUAUAUUUCUCAGUUA